GUGAACUAACUUUAAGUCAGUUUAAAAGGGGGAGACAAAUGCUAUGUUGUUUAUUUAUGUAGGACCAUUAAAUUUUAUUAAAUGUUUGAUUGUGAUUUAAUUAUAAAGUUAAUGUUACUGUUCUUUUGUGCGCGAGUUAAAAUUUCUGAAGUAUGGAGCAUUCUAAAUUUGUUUCUUAGUUCAGUUCCAGCAAUGAAUAAGAUUUAAACAUUAUUAGGCUGUCUGAAUUAUGGAAGCUGAUAACAAAUUAAUGAAGAAGAAUAAAAAAGUCGCCAGUAAUUUUUAUAUUCCUCCACCGGCUCGUAAAUCAGAAAAUUGUCCUCAAAUGGUGUUAAAUGAAACAAAAUCAAAAGACAGGUCAGCUGAAAAAUUAAAAAAUGUCAAUGAAAAUAUGAAGAUAUGUAAUAACAGUAGUCUACUUUUUAAAUCUGAUGAAACUGAUUCUCAUCAUGUCCAUAACUUACAGACCUCAGUUAAAAAAAAAAGAAAAAGAAAAAAAAAAGGAAAUCUUAAAAAAGACUGUGAAAGUCAGAAUAUUCAUGACCAGAAUUUUUCAGUAGAAAUUCCAAUUGUUAGUGCAGAAACACUUGAAAACGCUGACUGUCAAUCUGUUAAUGAAAUUGGUCCUUUUUCAGAUAUAUCUCGCAGUGCCAGUAUUAGUGUACUCAGUUUUAAAAAUAAUGGUGAACUUUCUGCCAAUUUUUCAGCAGUCGAGUGCAAUGAAAGCAUUUCAGUUAAGUCAGAUAAUAAUAAGCAUCCUUUAAAUGAUACUGGAUUUAAGCAUUCAAAUGGAACUGUAGAUGACAGAUUUGAUGUUCCCUCCAUUGACUCAACAUUAGAAUAUUCAGAUAACUAUUUUAUAAAUGAUUGUUUGACAAAGUAUUUAAAUAUAAAUGAAAUUAAAAAGGAUAGUAUAGAUGUUACUGAAAAUGCUGGAGAAAUCCAUGAAGACUUAAAACAUGAUUUUAUGACAUCUGAAAAAAAACCUGUGUCAUCUACAAUUCUUUAUAAAACAUCAAAUUCAUCUCCUGAUGAAUCAAGAACAGAAUCUUCACAAUUAUUAUGUAAAGAUGAUGCUAAUGAUGAUUGGGAAAAGCUACUAGAGGAAGAUGAACUGCACAAUUUGGUAAUGAAAACAGAAGUUUCUGGAAGUAUUACCAUAAUGAAAAAGGCUCAUGUUUAUGAAGAUGAAGAAAAUAUUGAAGAAAAAUAUAGUAAUGACAGUUCCAUUAUAGAAAUAUAUGGUUUUCCUGAAGAAUUUAAAACUCAGGACUUAUAUGCCACAUUUUCUCCAUAUGUUAAUAGAGGUUUUCAGUUAAAGUGGGUUGAUAACAACCAUGCCCUUGGUAUAUUUCCUUCACCUAUAAUAGCGGACGAAGUAUUGAGUUCUGGCCUACCAUUUGUCAAAAUAAGAUCAUUAAAUCAAGCAACUCCUCAGUCUAAAGAAAAAGCGAAGAAUUUAAUUCUUCCAAGUUCUUCGAGGCCCAAAACAUGCUCGGCUCUUGCUAGAAGAUUAGUUUCAGGGGCGCUAGGUCUUAGGGCUGUUUUUACACAAGCUGAAAUUCAAAGAGAGAAACAAAUGUUGAAAGAAGCACGAGAGCAAAAAAGGUUAGCAGCUAAACAAAGGGAUGCUGCAUGGGAAGGAAAAUUUUGACAUUUCAUAUGAAGAUUUUCCUUCAAAUUCAUUUAUUACAACUCUUCCAUGUGAUUCAUUGAAAAUGAAUGGAACGAAUACAGCUAAUUAAUAACAGAAAUAAAUAAGAUGAAACAAAAAUCAUAGCAAACUUAAUUAUUGUAUAAGAAAAGGUGGUACAUUCAUUGCUUCUGAAUGUAACAUUGGGAUGAAAUUUUAUUGAUAUGCUUUCCUGUGGAAAGUAAAAUUAUUGAAUUAUUUUAUGUACCUCAUAUCAUGUUAAAUACUUUUUUUAUAUUUUAUGUUAAAAUUUUGUAAAUAUUUGUAAAUUUACUGUUUAGAAUUAUUAAUAAUGAACAAUAAUUAAAAGAAGUUUUCAUAUUUCAUAUCCUUUAACAAUUAAUUUAGUUGGUUUAUUUGUUCAUUCAUUGCUGGGCUCUACAGUUCAGGGGUGCCCAUCCCCCCUCCCCCAAGAUUGAUGGCUCAUGAACCAUCCUCUCCAUUAUUGCUCUUCUCUUCUUAAGAACAGUGCAAUUGAAAGUAGAAUUUAAAAGUCAUAUAUACUAUUUGUGAUCUGUUCCAGAUUUUCCCUUUUCCUCUGGUUUGAAAUUUUUCAUUUUGAUAAUUCAUAACCUUGUCGACAUGUUCCCCUCUCAAAAAUUCAAAUCCUAGUCAAAAUGUGCCCUCCCCCAAAAUUUUAAUGGGGCAAUUUGUGCCAUGACACCCCCUUGUGGGCACCAUUGCUACAGUCCUUGAAGAACUAUGGUAUUUGCUUCCUGAGUCUUCUUCCUUUCAUAUGUUCCUGUCAGCUAUAAAAUGUCUUCACCACUUCAUAUCCAUCUUCAGGUUUUAUUCCACAUCAUCCAACCUUAUUAGGCGAGGCUAUCCCCACCUUCUUCCAUCGCCUGGCUUUCCAUUGAGCAGUUUUCUUGGCAUUCUUGUAGAGUCCAUCCUCUCCACAUGUCUCAACCAUCGCAGUCUAUUGAGUUGAAUUACUAAGAAUAUCCUAUUCAUCACACUCGAGCUCCUUUAGCUCUAGGUUAGACCAAACUCUCCAUUGAUCCUCCACUUUGAUUGGUCCAUAAAUUUUUCUUUUCCAUAUGUGGGUUUUCUUUUGUUUUCUUCAUUCAUGUCACGCUUCCUUAUGUCAGAAUAGGUUUCAUAAUCUCUUUAUAUCUUACAGUUUUUGCAGCAGCUUCUGUUAACAGUACAGACAUCGAUUUCCCGCAUCACAGCUCUUGAAUCUUUUAAUUCUCUAUCCUCAUUUCCUCUCUGGGCAUCUGAUCUGUUCUUGAUGUCCAUAUGUACAUGCACUUUUCUGUAUUAAUUUGCAGGUCGUUUUCCAACUUCCCUCAGAAAUUCUUUAAGAGCACCUGCAAGUGCUCGUACAGUCCAUGCUGUCAUAAGCACAUUGUCUGCAUAUGUUAAAUGCUGCAUCAUGCAAUUGUUAAUUGCACCUCCCCCAUUUGUUUGUAAUAAAAUAUAGUUGGUUACCUUUUUAUAUAUAUUAUUUUUUAAAUUUAUUUUUAAUUCAGGCAUGUCUGUAAACAAGUGAAUUACAUUCUCUUUCAGCUGUCA